AUGAAAGAAGUUGACCCAUCUCUCAGAAGAGCUGGAAUCGCAGCUUGCUUCAAGGAAAUGCCACUCAUCGGAGAUGACCAACAACAUGUUUUGGUCCUAAGUAGUCUCUGGAAUAUUGCAAUGGCGCAGCCAGAUGAUCCCGAGUUCCCAUCCCUCGGCAUCUUCGACUGCAUGACCAGUUUCCUAGAGAAAGGAAUCAAUGAUAGAGGCUGGCUUCUUAGGGACCAGAACAUCUACAUUCCUUACUAUGCAGCUCAUGUUAUUGGCUCCUACACUAUGAACAAGGUUGAGUUUGCAGAGAAAGUUGUGCUGGCUGGUGUGAUACCUCCAUUAAUGGAGCUUCUAAGAGGAAACAUGAGCUGGGUUGAGCAAAGAGUGGCUGUUCGAGCUCUCGGUCACCUCGCAAGCUAUGAGAGAUCCUUUGAAGCAGUGGCGGCUCAUGAAGAGGAAGUGGUGAGACUCACAAUGCACUUAGCUUCUACUUGUUUGAAGGAAGUGUAUGCUAAGUUUGUUGGCGUGAAGGACAAGAGUAAGAGAUCCAAAUAUCACUGUGAUUUGCUUACAAGAGGAGUUGGUGGUUCAGAAAUGGAGGACCGAAUGGCAGAAGAAUGGGCUAGCCAGCUACAGUGCUGGUCUCUCUAUCUUCUCAACUGCUUUGCCUGCAAAGAAAGAUCUCUGAAUCUUAUUUGCAAGCAAGAGUUUUUGGUUGAUUUGUGUGGAAUGUGGGGUGGAUUGGUGAACCACUCGUCGCCAGCUGGUGUGGGAUUGAUUAGAAUUUUGUGUUACAGUAAAUAUGGAAGACAAAGCAUCUCUGAUUCUAAGGAGGUCUUAAAGAAUCUAUGCCAUCUCUCGAGGUCAUCAGAUGAUUGGCAGUACAUGGGCAUUGAUUGCCUUCUAUUGCUUCUCAAAGACCCAGAUACGAGGUACAAGGUUAUUGAAAUUGCCACAAUGUUCCUCAUUGAUUUGGUUGAACUCAAAAGUCUUGGAGAUAGAUCAAGCUUAGGUGACACUAUCACAAAAACCCUUCUCUUAGGUUAUAAACAAAGCAAAUUUAGAAUCAAGAACAGCCAAGUUAUAAAGGCUCUGCAAGAAACGUGGGAGUUGAAGAUAAAAAGGAAGAAGAGAGAGAAAAUAAUGUCUGAGGAAAAGGUUGAAGAUAGAAGGGUACUAGUAAACCUCAUAAAGCAUCAAGCAAAUCACAUGUUUUGGUUAAGAGAUGUAGAGGCUGCUAUAAAGAGGUAUACCGAAGCGUUGGAUGCAUGCCCUUUGAAGCUUCGAAAAGAGAGAAUGGUCCUAUAUAGUAAGAGAGCUCAGUGCUAUUUGCUGCUUAAAGAUCCUGAUGCUGCCAUUAGAGACUCAACUAGAGCUCUCUGCCUCUCCAAUCCCACUAAUUCUCAUGGUAAAAGCCUGUGGAGAAGAUCACAGGCUUAUGACAUGAAAGGGUUGGCUAAAGAGAGCUUAAUGGACUGCAUAAUGUUUAUCAAUGGCUCCAUCAACUCGGAGACUAACAAGCGUGUGAAGAUUCCAUACUAUGCAACUCGUAUGAUCAGCAAACAGAUGGAUGCCACAUGGCUGUUUGCCAAUGCGCAGUCGAAGGCCACGAUCAAUUAUCAAACAAAAGUCCUGCAAGAAUCAGACGAAGAUUAUGAGAUAAGUAGCAAUGAGGAUUAUCUGCAAGGAUGUGAUGAAAUGAUGAGGAUGAUGAUGGAGAAGAAAAGUAUAGCAUCUGGUCUGUCCACCAUAAUUGAAGAACCUUUGAUUGUGACGGAAAGAAGUUGGAGAGAGAUGAAAAGGUCAAGGAGAACAAAGGAACUCUAUUACUUCUUCUUCCUUUAUUGGCUCGUUUAUUAUCAGCACAUCUCCUUUGAAGGGUUGGGGGGACUUAGUCUCUUGGAAACAGCAAUUCCCUACGGAAUGCCCCACUUUGUUGUCAUCGUCCUUCAGGAAAAAGGUCAGGGUGCUGUAAUCACCAACUUUUCUUAUGUUCUAUCUUCUGUCAUUUUAGUGUUUCUUCCUAUCCAUCAUGAGCUAGAUCAAAUCUUUAAGCUCCGGGAAAUCUUGCACUUCAUGCCCUUCUUCAUUGUGGAAACAACAGUGGUUACCAUCUCCACUCCUUGA